AUGGAGGCAGAGGCUCCUCCCGAGGCUGAAGACAGAACUGAGGAGCCAAAGCCCCAAGAUGAAGGGCAGCCCCUGGCCAUGCAGCUGGGGCUCCCGCGUGCAGGGCAGUCGUCCCCUGACCCCGCUGGCCUCUGGGACCUGCUGGAAAAGAAGUUUCUGGAACACCGGCAGUUGGCUGACAGGAGCCCGGAAGAACGUCGGGAGAGCCUGCUGUGUCUUCUCCCCCUGUUUCUGAAGGCCUGGGAACACUCCGUGGGGGUCGUGUGCUUCCCCAGCCUCCAGCGGCUCGCAGAGGACGUCUCGGAGCAGCUUGUCGAGGAGAUACAGAGGGCCCUGGCUGGGAAGCCCGCAGAGCAAGCACGGGUGGCGGCUGGGCAGCUGCUACAGUGGAAGGAAGACGCGGGGCAGGAUGGGCACCUGCUGCUAAAGUCGGUGUGCGUGCUCACGGGGACGGACUCGGAGACGCUGGGCAGAGUGGCUGAGUCCGGGCUUCCGGCUUUGCUCCUCCAGUGCCUUUACCUCUUCUUUGUCUUUCCCCUGGAGAAGGACGCGCUUUCCCCCAGUGACGUUCAAGUUCAGAGAAUGUUCGUGCAGGUGUUGCUCAACAUCUGCAGUGACUCUCGGGGCCUCGAGGGACUUCUCUCGGGCAGUGAGCUCCAGUCUCUGCUGAUCGCCACUACGUGUCUGCGGGAGCACAGCUGCUCUUUCUGGAAGGAGCCCACCUUCUGUGUGCUGAGGGCCAUCUCCGGAGCCCAGAACCCCAGCGUCAUCCAGCACCUCAAGGCCACCGACUGUGUGCGGCUCUCGCUGCAGAACCUCUCGCGGCUGGUGGACACGCUCCCCGCGCCCGAGGCCAGCGAGGCUGUGAGCCUGAUCCUGAGCUUCGUGAAGGACUCGUACCCCGUCUCCUCGGCACUGCUCCUGGAGUUCGAGAAUGGCGAGGGUUACCCGCUGCUGCUCAAGGUGUUACUGCGGUACGACGGGCUGGCCCCAGGGGAAGAAGACCACCACCUGGAGGAGCUGGUCGGGCUGGUGGUAUGGCUGACGACCUGCGGGAGGUCGGAGCUGAAAGUGUUUGACAGCGUCACUUACCCUCAACUUGACGGCUUCAAGUUCAAUCACGAGGCUACUGGGGUGACCGUUAAGAAUCUCCAGGCCUUCCAGGUCUUGCAGAGUGUCUUCCACAAGGCCAGCGACUCUGUCCUCUGCAUGCAAGUGCUGUUGGCCAUCAGGACCAUGUGGACCUGGAAUGCUCGCAACUUCUUCCUGCUGGAGUGGACGCUGCAGCCCAUCUCGCAGUUUGUGGAGAUUGUGGCCCUGAAGCCGGUGCCGGUGCAGGUGCACUUCUUCCAGCUGCUGGAGGCGCUGGUGUUUGAGCUGCACUACGUGCCACACGAGAUCCUGCGCAAGGUGCAGCGUCUGAUCAAGGAGAGCCCUGUGCCUUCCUGCACCCUCGUGGCCCUGCGGAGUGUCCUCAGGAUUGCGGGCAAGGAUCCGCUCUUCACUGACAUCUUCCGGGACUCGGGGCUCCUGGGCCUGCUGCUGGCCCAGCUGCGGAAGCAGGCCAAGAUCAUGAGGAAGUCAGGAAACAAAGAGUCGAGUCCUGGCGCUCAGAACCCAGAGAGAGAACUCACUUGCGUGAUGCUGAACGUCGUGGUCACACUCUUGAAAGGCUCGGUGCGAAAUGCAGUUGUCCUGAAGGACCAUGGCAUGGUGCCCUUCAUCAAGAUCUUCCUGGAUGACGAGAGCUACCGGGCGGCCGCGCUCAGCAUCCUGGAGCAGCUGUCCGUGAUCAACGCCGAGGAAUACAUGAGCAUCAUCGUGGGCGCCCUGUGCUCGUCCACUCAGGGGGAGCUGCCACUCAAACUGGACCUCCUGAAGUCUCUACUCCGGAUCCUGGAGAGCCCCAAAGGCCGUGCUGCCUUCAGAGUCUCCAGCGGGUUCAACGGGCUGCUGUCGCUGCUCUCCGACCUGGAGGGCUCGCUUCAGGACCCGCCGCCACAGUCGUGGGGAGCGGGGUCCUCCCAGCAGACCCUGGAGCUGGUGCUGCACACCCUGUGUGCCCUGUCUUCAGCCCUGCACCUGGACCCAGUCAACGGCGACUUCUUCAGGAGGAGCGGGCUCUUCGAGAAGCUGGCCGAGGACCUCUGCCUGCUGGGCUGUUUCGGGCCCCCAGAGGAAGAGGACGGGGUUCCUCGGCAGCCCUCGGCCGACUCCCCCAAGAUCAGGCCUUUUGCUGACUUGCUGAGAGCUGCCUUUUCCCCACACAGCCCCCUCCCUCCCAGGGCACAGAGCUGCCUUCAGAUCCUCAGCUUUCUGGACAGCAUGGCCAGCGGCACGCUCCACCUGCGCAGGGACCUGAAGGAGUCCCUGGGGGCCGGGCAGGAGCAGGCUGGGGAUGCCCCGAAGAGAGAAGCCAGCAGUGACCCCCAAGACAACUUCAAGCAGUGGCCAGACCUGGAGGAAAGGGCAGAGGAAGGUGACGCCGUGAUCGUGCAUCCCGGGAUUGUGUGCACCAUGGUGCGGCUGCUGCCUCGGCUCCACCACGAGGACCACCCGCAGCUUUCGGAAGAGAUCCAGUGCUCCCUGGCCAGCCACCUCCAGUGCCUGGUGAAGUCGGAGAAGAGCCGCCAGGUGAUGUGCGAGGCGGGCAUGCUCGGGACACUCAUGAGCUCCUGCCGCAGGGCCCUGGCCGCCGGCAGCGGCCCCCUGCACUCGCGCCUCGUCCGGAUUUUUGAAAAACUUGCUUCCCAGACCAUCGAGCCGGACGUGCUGAGACAGUUUCUCGGACUCGGUAUCGUCCCGCCUCCGUCGAGCGCAGUGAGGGUCCUCAGGCCAUCUCGGGCGCAUCGAGGCACCCCCGGCUGCUCAGGGAACCAGAGCGCAACCCCAGGAGGGGCCGAGGGGCGUGCGGGAGCCAUCUCUGACUGGUGCCCUGGGGCGGCUCCGGCCCUUAGGCCCUCAGGGACGUCCCCGGACGCCGCCACUGCCCUCCAGACGUCGCUGAGCCUCAUCUCCAUGACCUCCCCACGCAACCUGCAGCCUCAGAGGGCGGCACUGGCGCCAUCGUUUGUGGAAUUCGACAUGUCGGUGGAGGGCCACGGCUCUCUGUUUAUUCCCACGCUGGCUACCGUUAUGGGAUCCGGCACCGAGUACUCCAUCUCGGGAGGAAUCGGGACAGGCGCUGCCAGAGUGUUCCCUCCCCCCGGGGGCCUGACUUUCUCCUGCUGGUUCCUGAUCAGCCGGCCGGCCGCGCCCACCGAGGGCCACCCGCUGCGCUUCCUGACCGUGGUGCGUCACCUGGCCAGGACCGAGCAGCCCUUCGUCUGCUUCUCCAUCAGCCUCUGCCCCGAAGACCUCUCCCUGGUUGUCUCCACGGAAGAGAAAGAGUUUCAGCCCCUGGACGUCAUGGAACCUGAAGAUGAUGCUGAGCCCUCGGCAGGACGCCAGCUGCAGGUCAGAUGCGGCCAGUUGCUGGCCUGUGGUCAGUGGCAUCACCUGGCCGUGGUUGUCACCAAGGAAAUGAAAAGGAAUUGCACCGUCUCCACCUACCUCGAUGGGCAACUCACUGGCUCAGCCAAGAUGCUGUAUAUUCAGGCCCUACCUGGGCCUUUCUUUUCCAUGGACCCGUCUUCAUUUGUGGAUGUUUAUGGAUAUAUCGCGACCCCUCAACUCUGGAAGCAAAAGUCGGCAUUAAUCUGGCGUCUUGGCCCUACAUAUCUCUUUGAAGAAUCCAUCUCGCUGGAAACCCUGGAGGCUCUCAUCAAACUGGGCCCGCGAUACUGUGGUAACUUCCAGGCUGUGCAUGCCCAAGGGGAGGACCUGGACAGGGAGGCUGUGCCCCUGGUCGCGGAGGAACGCAUUUUCUUUGGACUUCACGUAGCCAGCUCCUGCACCACCAGCAUCGCAGACAUCAGGAGCGCCUACAACGAGGUGGACAGCCGCCUGAUCGCCAAGGAGAUGAACACUUCGUCCCGUGACAACGUCACGCCUGUGUUCUUGAUGAGAAACUCUGCCGGCCACCUGCCAGGCUGCCUUCGCACCAUCGGCGCCGUGGCUGUGGGCCAUUUAGGGGUCAGGGUGUUCCACUCCAGCCCGGCCGCCAGCAGCCUGGACUUCAUCGGCGGGCCCGCCAUCCUCCUGGGCCUCAUCUCCUUGGCGACAGACGACCACACCAUGUACGCGGCUGUGAAAGUGCUGCACUCGGUCCUGAGCAGCAACGCCAUGUGUGACCGCCUGAUGCGGCACAUCAGCGGGUACCAGAUCAUGGCGUUUCUCCUGAGGAAGAAGACCUCGCUGCUGAACCACCGCAUCUUCCAGCUGCUCCUCUCGGUCACUGGCACCGCCGAACUGGGCUUCAAGUCGUCCGCCAUCACCAACAUUGGUGUCUUCCAGAAUAUUCUCUGCAAUUUCGAGCUCUGGAUGAAUACCACGGACAACUUGGAGCUUGCCCUCUUUUCCCAUCUUGCGGAGAUCCUGCAGUCACCAAGGGAAGGGCCCAAGAAUGCUGAGGUCGCUCACCAGGCACAGCUCAUACCCAAGCUCGUCUUCCUCUUCAACGAGCCCAGCCUCAGCCCCUCCAGGAUCCCCAAGGUCAUUGCCAUCCUGGGCUCUCAGCUGAGAGGCCACUUCAGCAUCCGGGACGUGCUCAGGAUCGGGCUGUUUAUCGUGUACACCCUGAAGCCAUCAUCGGUGAACGAGAGGCAGAUGUGCGUGGACAGAGCCUGGGACCCCUCUCUGCCUGCUGGAAGCCAAACAUCUGGAAAGACAAUCUGGCUCAGAACCCAGUUGCUGGAGAUGCUGCUCAGUGUAAUGUCUUCCCCUCAGCUUCAUCUGUCCUCGGAGCUGAAGGAAGAGCUGUUCUUGAACCUGGGGCCCGACUGGUUCCUGCUGCUCCUGCAAGGCCACCUGCACCCCAGCACCACGGUGCUGGCCCUGAAGCUGCUGCUGCACUUUCUGGCCAGCCCCUCUCUCCGCGGGAGGUUUAAGGACGGCCUGCCUGUGGGCUCCUGGGUGGAACACAGCUCCGAGAACGUGCACGUUAUGAUGGACAACCUGAGGGGCCACCCUCCCCCGGCUGAGCAGAGCCCCUGCCUGCUGCCCGGGUUCCGCGCCUUGAGCGACUUCCUGGAGAACCACGUGCAGAUUCCGGAAGUCUACCUCAUCGUGUGCGCCUUCUUCCUGCAGACGCCGCUUGCCGAGCUGGAGGACGGGCCCAGGGACAGCCUCGACGCCAUGCUUCAGUGGCUGCUACAGAAACACCACCACGAGGAAGUGCUGCGGGCCGGGCUGUGCACCGAGGGCGCGCUGCUGCUCCUGCAGAUGCUGGGAGCCACCAUGAGCCAGCCUGUGGCAGGUUCGGGAGACAGCACCUGGGAACAGAGCUUCCCGGCCAGCGUGCUGCAGUUCCUGGGCCUUGUGCACCGCACCUACCCCCAGGACCCAGCGUGGCGGGCGCCAGAACUCCUGCAGAUGCUGGUCACGGUCACCUUCCCCCCAGGAGCCCUAAAGGGAGCCGUGGCCGAGUCGCCCUGGAGCGCCAGCGGUCCGGGGGCUGCAGCUGAUGGUGACAGCACCACGGAGGGUCUCCAGGCUCCAGCCAAGUCGCAUCCCAGCCGGAGGCAGCUGAGGGAGUUCAUGCAGCUCCUUCUGAGGGAGGCGCUGCUCGGAGGAGCCCCCGGUCCCAAGCAGUGGCUGCCGCUGGAGCUGCUCCUGGAGGCUUCUCCAGAGAACAUCAGCAGCCAGCAGAAGCGAGACUUCCAGUGUGAGAUCCUGCUUUCCACCAUGGAAAUAUUCCACAUGAUGAGCGCAGGCAACAUGGCGACACUCAGAGGCAGCAAAGAGCCUCAGCCAAACGCAGAAGCUGCCACGGCUCCUUCAUUCGCAAGCGUCUCCUGCUUCACCCAGAAGCUGGUGGAGAAGCUGUACGCUGGGAUGUUCUCGGCCGACCCCAGGCACAUCCUUGUCUUCAUCAUCGAGCACAUCAUGCUGGUCAUCGAGCACGCCUCUUCUCAGAGGGACACGGUCAUCAGCGCCUUGUACAGCAGUCUGAAUAAGGUCAUCCUGUACUGCCUGUCCAAGCCCCAGCAGUCCCUGUCCGAGUGCUUGGACCUGCUCAGCAUCCUGAGCUUUCUGCAGGAACACUGGGACAUUGUCUUGGCCACCUACAACUCCAACGCCAGCUUCCUCCUGUGUCUCAUGCAUUGCCUUGUGCUGCUCCACGCAAGAAGUUAUCCAGAAGGAUUUGGACUGGAACCCAAGCCAAGAAUGACUCCUUAUCAUCAAGUCUUCCUUUCCCCAAGUGAAGAAGUGAAAGGAAAAAGAGAAGACUUCCCAAGUUUCAGUGAUGUCCAGCAAAGCAUCCAGAGGACGGUGUGGACGCUCUGGCAGCAGCUCGUGGCACAGAGGCGGCAGGCGCUGGAGGAUGCCUUCAAGAUCGAUCUGUCCGUGAAGCCCAGCGAGAGCGAAGUGAAGAUGGAAGAGGUCACCCCACUCUGGGAGGAGACGAUGCUGAAGGCCUGGCAGCAUCACUUAGCGUCUGAGAAGAAGUUGCUGGCCAGCCGCUCGCACGCUGCACAGCCGAGCAGAGUUGCUCAGUGGAGUGGAAGCCUGUCUUCGGCCAUGAGGCUGGUGCCGGGGCGGCAGACCAAGGACCCGGAGUGCAAGGCAGAGGAUUUCGUGUCAUGUAUAGAGAACUACAGAAGAAGAGGACAGGAGCUGUAUGCGUCGUUAUACAAAGACCACAAGCAGAGGUGGCGAUGCGGUGACAUCAAGGCCGCCAAGGCCUGGGCCAGGAUCCAGGAGCAGCUUUUUGGGGAGCUGGGCUUGUGGGGCCAGGCAGCGGAGAGCACCCCCUGCUCCCGGUGGGAGCUGGACUGGAGAGAGGGCCCUGCACGCAUGAGGAAGCGCAUCAGAAGCCUGUCUCCGUGGGACGGCCUGAGCCUGGGAAGGCACCAGGGGAGCCAAGUCAGGAAGGGCGACAUUUCUCAGACAAAUGCUGAAAACCAAGAUGAGCUGACACCAAAGGAUGCCGGGAGUGAGCCGGAUGAGGGAGCCGUGGACUGCACCCAGCUGACCUUCUUCCCCGCCUUGCACGAGAGUCUGCACUCCGAAGAUUUCCUGGAACUGUGUCGGGAAAGACAAGUUAUUUUGCAAGAGCUCGUUGAUGGAGAAAAGGUGACACAGAAGUUCUCCCUGGUGAUUGUUCAGGGCCAUCUGGUCUCAGAAGGGGUCCUGCUCUUUGGCCAGCAGCACUUCUACAUCUGUGAGAACUUCACCCUGUCUCCCACGGGCGACGUCUAUUGCACCCACCACUGCUUAUCCAACAUCAGCGACCCCUUCAUUUUCAACAUGUGCAGCAAAGACAGGUGCUCCGACCAUUACUCGUGCCAGUGCCAUGGCUACGGCGACCUGCGGGAGCUCCGGCACGCCCGCUUCCUCCUACAGGACAUCGCCCUGGAGCUCUUUUUCCAAAAUGGAUAUUCCAAGUUUCUCGUCUUCUACAACGGUGAUCGGAGUAAAGCCUUCAAAAGCUUCUGCUCUUUUCAACCCAACCUGAAAGGGAAAGGCAUCAUGGAAGACCCCCUCAAUCUCAGGAAACACUCCGGUUUCGACAGAAACAUGCUGCAGAAGUGGCAGAAAAGGGACAUCAGCAAUUUCGAGUACCUCAUGUACCUCAACACCCAGGCCGGCAGGACGUACAAUGACUACAUGCAGUACCCCGUGUUCCCCUGGGUCCUGGCUGACUACAGCUCCGAGACGUUGAACUUGACAAAUCCCAAGACCUUCCGGGAUCUUGCAAAGCCCAUGGGGGCUCAGACCAAGGAAAGGAAGCUGAAAUUCAUCCAGAGGUUUAAAGAAGUGGAGAAGACUGAAGGAGACAUGAUGGUCCAGUGUCACUACUGCACUCACUACUCCUCAGCCAUCAUCGUCGCCUCCUACCUGGUCCGGAUGCCACCCUUCACCCAGGCUUUCUGCUCUCUGCAGGGCGGAAGCUUCGACGUGGCAGACAGAAUGUUCCACAGCAUGAAGAAUGCGUGGGAGUCCGCCUCCAGAGAGAACAUGAGUGACGUCAGGGAGCUGACACCAGAGUUCUUCUACCUGCCCGAGUUCCUAACCAACUGCAACGCGGUAGAGUUCGGCUGCAUGCAGGACGGGACGGCGCUGGGGGACGUGCACCUGCCUCCCUGGGCGGACGGGGACCCCUGCAAGUUCAUCAGCCUGCACAGGCAGGCCUUGGAGAGCGACUUUGUCAGCGCCAAUCUCCACCACUGGAUAGACCUCAUUUUCGGGUACAAGCAGCAGGGACCGGCUGCCGUGGAAGCCGUGAAUACUUUCCACCCCUACUUCUAUGGUGACCGGAUGGACCUGGGCAGCAUCCGGGACCCCCUGAUCAGGAGCACCAUCCUGGGCUUUGUCAGCAACUUCGGACAGGUGCCCAAACAGCUCUUCACAAAACCUCACCCAGCCAGGAGCUCUGGGAAGGCUUCGCCAGGAAAGGAUGUGGCCAUGCCCGCGAGUCUGCCCGGCCACCCCCAGCCCCUGCUCUACAACCUGCAGUCACUGCGGCCUUCCCAGGUCACUGUCAAAGAUAUGUAUCUCUUCUCCCUAGGCUCGGAGUCUCCCAAAGGGGCCAUCGGCCACAUUGUGCCCACCGAGAAGACUGUCCUGGCCGUAGAGAAGAACAAGGUGCUGCUGCCCCCGCUCUGGAACCGGACCCUCAGCUGGGGCUUUGACGACUUCAGCUGCUACCUAGGGAGCUACGGCUCCGAUAAGAUCCUGAUGACCUUUGAGAACCUGGCUGACUGGGGCCGCUGUCUGUGUGCCCUGUGCCCCUCCCCCACGAUGAUCGUCACCUCGGGGACCAGCGCCGUGGUGUGUGUGUGGGAGCUCAGCAUGGUCAAGGGCCGCCCCAGAGGCCUGCAGCUCAGGCAGGCCCUGUACGGACACACGCAGGCUGUCAUGUGCCUGGCAGCCUCCGUCACCUUCAGCCUCCUGGUGAGUGGCUCCCAGGACUGCACCUGCAUCCUGUGGGACCUGGACCACCUCACCCACGUAGCCCACCUGCCCGCACACCGGGAGGGCAUCUCGGCCAUCGCCAUCAGUGACGUCUCGGGUACCAUUGUCUCCUGUGCCGGAGCCCACUUGUCCCUGUGGAACGUCAACGGCCAGCCCCUGGCCAGCAUCACCACGGCCUGGGGCCCUGAGGGGACCAUCACCUGCUGCUGCUUGAUGGAGGGGCCUGCCUGGGACGCGAGCCACGUCGUCAUCACCGGGAGCCAAGAUGGCAUGGUCCGGAUCUGGAAGACGGAGGAGGUGAAGAUGUCUCUUCCCGGACGGCCGGCGGCCGAGGAGCCCUCCGCUCAGCCCGCAAGCCCCAGAGGUCACAAGUGGGAGAAGAACCUGGCCCUGAGUCGAGAGCUGGAUGUGAGUGUUGCCCUAACAGGGAAACCCAGUAAGAACAGCCCUGCGGUGACAGCCCUGGCCGUGUCCAGAAACCAGGCCAAGCUCCUGGUCGGCGACGAGAAGGGCAGGAUAUUUUGCUGGUCUGCAGACGGGUAGGAAGAGAGAGGCAGUGGAGGCUCCGGCACGGCUGCUGUGCGCCCCGUGGGGCAGCGAGGCGGGGUAGGACCUGGGCGCCACCUCCCAAGGAAGCCACUCCCGCUGUGACCCCCUCCCCAUGGCUCUCCAGGAAAGGGCUUGG